AUGCGUAUGAAUGACAACCGAUGGGCAAGAGCCGUUAGGGACUGGAUUCUCCGGGAUGUUAAACGCACUGCAGGAAAGCCACCGACUCGAUGGUCAGAGUUCGUCACGAGAAGCCUAGAAGAAAGGUAUGACGCUCAACGAGUUCCUAGAGCAAGCAGAACCCACUGGGCUACUCUUGAACGCGACAGGGAAAAAAUGGAAGAUUUAAUGGCUCUUGCUCGAGCCACUCGACGAUCAACGGGACUACAGGUGAUUCAGGUGACAGGUGAUACGUUAAGGCAGGCACAAUGGUGA